AUGGGGGCGAAUAUGAUGCAGGAGUACCAAAACGAGGAGGGCACCUCGACUACACAUAUCUACAAGGGCACGAUCGAAGAUCCUUGGAUGUCGGGUGACGUCAUCCACGGUGGAUUCGAGGACAGCACGCUGGGAGAUCUUGGGAAAAUCAAGUCGUCUUCGAAUGAUGACCUCAUCAUCCUGGCUGAUUACAGGAGAACGGCGGGGGAUACAAUAGAUAGAGAGAGAUGAUGGAUCCUCCGACCGUCCGAUAGAUCUCCGACGCGUUCAAUCUUGGAUUCGGGAUGCGAUAGCAAGGAAUCUUUCCGGUCUUCAACCGAUUGAUGAUGAUAUAGACAGCCCAAGCUUGGCGAAGAAUACACCCUGCUGCCUCACGCCCACAUCACUCUCCUCCUCGUGCUGGCUGCUCGAAGAGAGGAGAAGAGGUUCCGUGGCUCGUCGAGUUUUCGUGAGAGAGGCUUCAGGGGGGGGGGGAGGAACAUAGUCUACGUACUACACGGCAGCAGUCGAUCCAUGUCCGCCUUGAUCCACCAGAGACACAAACAAGGACAGAGAGAGAGGAGAGAUAAUUGGUUCGAUGACACACACGCACACUUCUGUAGUAGUAGUAGUACCCUAUGACUGAUUUCUCGAUGCAGUCGGUCCCAGCGGCUACAUAGCUGGCAGAUCUGUACAGUAGUAUGUACGAAGUGGCACGCAGCUCGCUGAUGGGUCGGAAAAAGUAUGGACACAGCAGUAGACUAGUAGUCUGGUCUCUUGACCCCCGCACCCCGCGCCUAAUAUAUAUUUCUCUCUUUUCUGCGCCUGGUUCGAAUCCAGCGGCGUCGCUGUGUCCCCCGCCACGCCCAAAAAAUGAUGAUCCCGCAGCCGACGAUGACGAUGGUAGAUAAGGGAUCCACCAUGCAUCACCACCUACCUUCAGAGAGGCAGCACACACAAAAUUUCCGUGAAACAAUGGACGCGAGACUCCUUAUUGCCCUCAGCCGUCACAACCAUCACCAAGAAGAACACAGGGAGG